GCGAAUCUAGCACGCGGCUCGAGUCUAAAGCUUGGCGUCAGGACGACGUUACAUAGUUAAUUUCAGCUAGGGCUAGGAGCUGCCUAGUUCUAGGCGUCGCCCCGUAAGGCGACCCCAUGGGCUUUUAAUCCGCUUGCUGGGAUCGGAAUCUCGCGAUCCUCGCUUCCUGAGUUGCGGACUUCUAUGCGAUUUGUGCAUUGAACAAUUCGGUCCUCUUGUAUGCGUUCCUAGUAUAAAAGGACCGAGAUGUCUUCGAGAACUCAUGAUGGCAUCUCUUCCCACCCACCCCGACAACUCGUUUCUCUACUCUCCUAGUAGCACCACAUUCGCUCGCUCCUAUUAACAAUGCGUUCAUUCAUCUUAACUUUGUCGGCAGCAGUCGCCGUGACGGCUCUUCCUGAUGUCACCGUCGUUCGCAAGGAGCUCACUUGCAGCAACUGGCCGUUCUAUCGUCAAAUGAACAGCGUUGCGGGACCAUUCAGUCUCUUCGCCGACUCUACUGGCAACGCCGAUAUUGACGGCAACAGGGCUUCCUACGUCACCAUAAGCGACUCAUCAAUUGCAUCAGGCUGGAUUGGCAUAACAUCCCAGAAGGGAGUAGCAGUUCCCUACAUCCAAUGCCAAGCCUUUGGUAGCGCUGAGAUGCUCGCCGUGAACUACAACAACGUAUACCAGCCCCUGAGCAUUUCGGAGUACUUCUACCAUGAGUACGACGGCCUGGUAUUCAUGAAGACCACCGCAAGGGGCGCCCCGAUUGAACCACACUGGCACUACUACCCCAACGGAACGCGCCAGGCCGGCACAUUCCUAGGGUUCAACAACUCGACGACGUGGGCGUACCUCCUCGACAGCACGUCGGGGAAAUACCGAAUCCGUCUCCUGACCGAUACCUCCAAGCCGUUACUUAGUGGGGAGUUUACCGGUUUCGUGCGAGCUGGUGACCCGAGUGUGUCUGACUAAAGAUGACGAAGGUAUAAUGAUGAAUCUAGGCAGGAUGACAAGAAACGUAUGAUAAUGUCUAAUGUAUAUCUAUCUGCUAGAUAAUCAAAUUACUAUUGCUCUUCGAAUGAGAGUAAACUUACAUCUGAUCUGCUGUAUCUGAAAUUCAGUGUUCCGCACUGCUUAGCUUCUC